GUCAGGGUGCGCGUGGUUUACAGGUUGAGCGCUGCUCCGGUAGGGGCCAAGCUGUCACCAUGCUUCGAAGGGCGCUGCACCUCGGCUUUGCCCCCGGCCUUUUGAGCCGGGGACUGGGCACACGCAGAGGAGGCUCUACUCUGGACUGGGAUGGAAAGGUGUCCGAGAUUAAGAAGAAGCUCCAGUCAGUCCUUCCUGGAGGGACCUGGGAUCCACUGUAUGACACCAGCCACCUGCCCCCCGAACACUCGGAUGUGGUGAUUGUGGGGGGUGGGGUGCUUGGAUUGUCUGUAGCCUAUUGGCUGAAGAGGCUGGAGAAGCAGCGAGGUGCCAUCCGUGUGCUGGUGGUGGAACGGGACCACACGUAUUCCCAGGCCUCCACUGGGCUCUCCGUGGGUGGGAUUCGUCAGCAGUUCUCGUUGCCUGAAAACAUCCAGCUCUCCCUCUUUUCAAUCAACUUUCUACGGAACAUCAAUGAGUACCUGGCUGUAGUUGAUGACCCUCCCCUGGACCUCCAGUUCAACCCUUCAGGCUACCUUUUGCUGGCUUCAGAACAGGAUGCCGGGAUCAUGGAGCGCAACGUGAAAGUGCAGAGGCAGGAAGGAGCCAAGGUUUGUCUGAUGUCUCCUGAGCAGCUUCAGAACAAGUUUCCCUGGAUCAACACAGAGGGCGUGGCUUUGGCAUCCUAUGGGUUAGAGGGUGAGGGUUGGUUUGACCCAUGGUGUCUGCUCCAGGGGCUUCGACGAAAGGUCCAGUCCAUGGGAGUCACUUUCUGCCAUGGAGAGGUGACACGUUUCAUCUCUUCAUCUGACUGUAUGCAGACCAUAAGUGGGGAAGAGGUGACUUUGAAAAGAAUCCAUGAAGUCCAUGUGAAGAUGGACCACAGCCUGGAGUACCAGCCUGUGGAGUGUGCCAUAGUGAUCAAUGCAGCAGGGGCCUGGUCUGGGCAAGUUGCAGAGCUGGCUGGUAUUGGGAAGGGGCAGCCUGGCACCCUGCAGGGCACCAAGCUACCUGUGGAGCCAAGGAAAAGGUACGUGUACUUAUGGCACUGCCCCCAGGGACCAGGCCUGGAGGCUCCACUGGUUGCAGAUACCACUGGAGCCUAUUUCCGCCGGGAAGGACUAGGUAGCAACUACCUGGGUGGCUGCAGCCCCACUGAGGGGGAGGAACCGGACCCAGAUAACCUGGAAGUGGACCAUGCCUUCUUCCAGGACAAGGUGUGGCCCCAUUUGGCCCGGAGGGUACCAGCGUUUGAGACUCUCAAGGUUCGGAGAGCUUGGGCUGGCUACUACGACUACAACACUUUUGACCAGAAUGGCGUGGUGGGCCCCCACCCCCUCGUCGUCAACAUGUACUUUGCUACGGGCUUCAGUGGCCAUGGGCUCCAGCACUCUCCUGCUGUGGGGCGAGCCGUGGCGGAGAUGGUGCUGGAGGGCCACUUCCAGACCAUCAACCUGAGCCCCUUCCUCUUCACCCGCUUUUACUUGGGAGAGAAGGUCCUGGAGCACAAUAUCAUCUGAGCCUGUAAGUUCUGCACUGGGCCCCACUGUCCCACCCGUCACCCACACCUCUAAUUCUGGCCCAUGUUCACAUGCUCCUCAGUGUUCUCCGCUCCUCUUAUCCAGGCCCUGCAGCCCCCAGAUGGCUGGGCAGGGGUGGACUACCAGCUCUGAGGGUCUGUGCCUGAGGCCCAGGCUGACAGAGAAUGAUGGGACAGGACUCCAGGACUGAUCCCUGGCUCAGGCUGAUGCCUCCCGCCAAGGCUGUCCGCCUGGACAGAACACCACAGGGGCUGUGGCCCCGAACUGGCUUGUUCCUAAUACCGCUCAUAAAGAAUGCCUCUGUCCUUCUCAGAGCCCGGGCAGGGAGGGGGUAUUAUGGCACAGCCAGGUCCAGAUUUAGUGAUUUGUCUGUUCCUCCUAUUCAUGUGUAAUAAAUGUGAUUCAUUCCUUCCAGUCUUCUUUCCCUUCCAUUUUUCACCUCAUGGCAGAGGCCUUGGACGCACCUGCUGGCCUCUGCUACCAGGCUGGGAGGAGCAUAGCCUCCUUCCAGGAGCACUCUGAAGUCCUAGGUUUCAGCUAGUACCCCCUCCUCCCAAGCUCUUGCAGGGCUUUGGCUGUAGAAGGGAUGGGUUCGUUGAUCUGUUCAGUAUUUACUCAGGUCCAGCUCUUCACCAGGCCCAGGACUGCAUGCUAGAGAGACACUAGUAGGCAAAGCAUAGCACAGACAGUGUACCCCUUAUGAUCAUUCAACUUACAAUUUUUAGACUUUAUGAUGGUGUGAAAACAUACACAUUCAGUAGAAAACCAUCGUUUUGUCUUCUGCUGUUUUCCUGGGCUAGUGCUGUGCCUACCAUACUCUCAGGAUGCCAGGCGGAGGCGGCGAGCCAGAUCACAACCCAUAUGCUAUCAUGUAGCGUCACCAGCAUUUUUUGGAUAUUGUGUUUUGUGUCUCCCCAUUCCAUCUUGUCUGUAUUUCAUUGUCAAUGCAACAUUAAAUAAAUUAUGUGAGAUAUUCAGCACUUUAUUCUAAAAUGAGGAUUUUGCCCUCCUGUGGGCUAAGGUAGGCUAGGCUCAGCUAUGUUCAGUAUGUUAGCUACAUUA